UCUGGGAGAAAAGCAGAUCUUCUUCCUACAGAAGCCAAGUUGGGAAGUCACCAGGGAGGAAGUCGAGAAGUCAGACUCCCCAUGCAGUGAGUCUGAGAACAGCUUCUAAGUCUGUAUGCCAACAGCGUGGGAAAGUGUGGGAGGCCAUGCAUCUGGGCUUGAGUGAAGAAGUCAGGGCUUCAGGACUGGUACUGUGAGUGACAAGGCUGCCUUCCAAUCAACUGACCCUCUGCCCGGCACAUCUUAGCAACCUAAACAAAGUCUCAGUCCAGGCCGGCCUUGAAUUGUCUGUGAAGCUGAGGAUGACUUUGAGCUUCUGCUCAUCCUGCCUCCAUUUUCUGAGUGCUAGAAUGACAAGCAUACACCACGAUGGCCAGUUUUUAUGCAGUGCUGAAGAUCAAACCCAAGACCCGAUGUGGGCUAGACAAGCGGACUGAGCUAUGUCCUCAGCCCCAGAUGCUAGGGCUCUACAAAGCUCUCCACUCUUCUCCAUUAUGUGCCAACUCCCAACAGAGUGAGUGAGGUGGGUUCUCACAAGCUCCACAAAGAUACCAGCGAAGCUUGAAGUUGCACCAAGCACGCAUUGUUUCCAGGCCUGGGACCCACGUGCUCCUCCACGGUCGUCAUGGCUACCUGCCCCGGAACCUUGGCGUGAUGACGCUGGUUUCCGGCGGGAUUUUUAGAGUGACGAACAGUCUGGGGCCAAGCGACCAUGAGAGGGCCGGAGCUCGGGCCCGAAACUAGCAUGGAGGGGGACGUCCUGGACACCCUGGAGGCCCUGGGGUAUAAGGGUCCCCUGUUAGAAGAGCAGGCACUCGCCAAGGCAGCAGAGGGUGGACUGUCUUCACCUGAGUUUUCAGAGCUCUGCGUUUGGUUAGGCUCACAAAUAAAGUCCUUAUGCAGCCUGGAAGAAAGCAUCACUUCAGCCGGGAGGGAUGAUCUAGAGAGCUUCCAGCUUGAGAUAAGUGGAUUUUUAAAAGAGAUGGCCUGUCCGUACUCGGUCCUCGUAUCAGGAGAUAUUAAAGAGCGCCUCACGAAGAAGGAUGACUGCUUGAAACUUCUCUUGUUUUUAAGUACAGAACUUCAAGCUUUACAGAUACUACAGAAGAAGAAACAUAAAAAUUCUCAGUUAGAUAAAAACAGUGAAAUUUGCCAGGAAGUUCAAGCUGUGUGUGAUGCCCUUGGAGUCCCCAAGUCAAACACUUCUGACAUUCCACUCCUACUGAGCCAGGUGGAAUCAAAGGUGAAGGAUAUUCUCUCUAAAGUCCAGAAAAACCAUGUGGGAAAACCACUGCUAAAGGUUGAUUUAAGUUCAGAACAGGCAGAAAAACUGGAAAGAAUUAAUGAUGCUCUUUCCUGUGAAUAUGAAUGCCGCCGGCGGAUGUUAAUGAAACGAUUGGAUGUGACCGUGCAGUCCUUUGGGUGGUCUGAUAGAGCGAAGGCAAAAACAGAUAACAUAGCAAGAAUUUACCAGCCCAAGCGGUAUGCUUUGUCGCCCAAGACAACAGUCACGUUGGCACAUCUGCUUGCUGCCCGGGAAGAUCUGUCUAAGAUCAUUAGGACAAGCAGUGGCAUCAGCCGGGAGAAGACCGUGUGUGCCAUUAAUAAGGUGCUUAUGGGAAGGGUACCUGACAGGGGAGGACGGCCGAACGAAAUUGAACCACCGCCCCCUGAAAUGCCCCCUUGGCAGAAGAGACAAGAAGGCGGAGGGAGGGGUGGUUGGGGUGGUGGAGGUGGAGGUGGUGGCAGAGGAGGUGGUGGGGGUGGAAGAGGUGGAUGGGGUGGUGGAGGAGGAUGGGGAGGGGGUGGAGGUGGGGGAGGGGGAGGAGGGUGGGGAGGAGGUGGUGGGGGAGGGGGUGGUAGAGGAGGUUUCCAAGGCAGGGGAGAUUAUGGUGGCAGGGGAGAUUAUGGUGGAAGAGGGGGCUAUGGUGGGAGAGGGGGCUAUGGUGGGAGAGGUUAUGGAGAUCCAUAUGGAGGGGGAGGUGGUGGUGGUGGGUAUAGAAGAUACUAAAAACUGCAGGGUUAGAGGGCACUGCUUCUUACUAGAUACAAUGUAGAGAUAGUGUUCUGAGGAGCAUACUUGAACGUCACCCUGAGGGAGACCAUGGUAGUGUCUCUAAGGAUGGCAUUCUUGAAUACAGAAGGCCAUUUUAUACUACCAGGUGAUCCUGCAACAUGUUUUCCAUAUUCUGUGUACUCAAGCAUGCUGUGUCUUUUUAAAAAGUAAGAAAAUGGGAAAAAAAACCCAAAAACUAUUUUUAAAAAUGUAAAUAUUUAUUACCAGCAACUUGGAAAAUGGAAUGUAUUUUAUUGUCAUGAUUGAAUUUAGACUGUAAACUGGUAUUUUGUUCAAGAUUGAGACACACUAAUGACUCCAGCUGUAACAGAAAGGAAUCUAGACUCUUGUCUUGUUUGUACUUCUGUGGAUCUGUCCUAUAGUGUUAAUUCUAUUUUACAAAACAGAGAAAGUCUCUAAUAUUUGUGCUUAGUAGGCAGUUGUUAUUUUUUAAUAGGAUGAAAUUCCUUUGGUUAGAUUUUUAUUAAAUUUCUGUUAACUGAA